AUGGGCCCCAAAGCAUUCUACACGGAACUUUUUGCAACUCUUGGUCUUGACGUUGAUGAGGCAACAGGAAAGUAUUUACAGCAAGUUGAUGAUUGGAGGGCGAAGCGAAUUGCAAGCCGAAAGACUGCCUCCUACCGGCGAAAGCGGAAUAAGAGAAUGUACGACAAGAUCCUUAGUUACCACGCAGAGUUGAAGAAAGACAGAGAGAAGAAUCAAUUCUAUGAGACAUGCAGUGCCUUGAAUGAUGAUGUCCCUGGUGAUGUUGCCGGCAAUAAUGAAGAUAAGCCACAAAGCAGAGCGAAGAAACGCCAAAAAAAGGAUAGUACUGAGACAACUCUUCCAAUUGGUCCGCGGCCAGCUGGCUGCAAAGAAGAUAACUAUUGCAAAACUUGCAUGCAGUGGGGCCACAAACGGAAGAGCAGUCGUCUUUGUCUCAUGAACAAGAGUGUUACUAACGAGUUUCCUUCAUCUGAAGAUAUAGCAGCAAUGACUGAAGAGGAGCAGCAGCGUACUCAACUUAACGUACUGGAUUGCAUCGCUCUGACUACCGAAGACAGUGAUGACAGUUCCAGGAAUGAAUCCACCCCGGCUAGGAUAGAGGCAAUUAUACAAGAUGACAGCAUGGAUAAUGACGAAACAGCAUAA